AUGUCGCUGAACCUGCAGGAGCGGCAAACAGCCGCCAUUCAAGCCAUGCUGGCGCUCGCUUCUCAGCGGACGCUCGCGCAACCGGGUGCCCAUUCUCCGCAGAUCGCGUCGACGCUGCCGCAAGCCUCCACUGCGUGGAAGAUCCUCGUCUUCGAUGACGUAGCGAAGGACCUCCUCGCGCCGCUGAUGACUGUCGGGAUGCUGCGCCGGCAAGGCGUGACGCUUCAUCUUCCGCUGAAGUCUCAGCGCUCGACGGUGGCUGAGGCUCCCGCGGUCUACUUGGUUUCGCCGACGGAGGAGACUGUUCAGCGUCUCUUGGAGGAGCUUCAGCAGAAACUCUAUGCAUUUUACUUCUUCAACUUCACCGAUCGCCUCUCUGACGACCUCAUGCAGCUCCUCGCCAGGGGCGCCGUUGAGGCGGGCAUGGUUUCGCAAGUUGUCUCCGUCGUGGAUCGCUACGUGGACUACGUGUGCCUGUCGCCGAGCGAGUUUUCUCUCAACAAACCAGGGAUCUACUCCCUGCUGAACGGCGGGUCAUCCGACGCUCAGAUUGAGAAGGCCAUGGACGUCGCCGUCAGCGGGCUCUUCUGCGUCAUCGCGACCCUCGGCGUCGUGCCGGUGAUUCGCUGCCCUGGCGCUCCCUCGUCGCCUGCACGAAACAUCGCCAUGAAGCUCCAGGAGAGGCUCGCGACUCUUCCGCAGAACGUCCACGCGCAAAUAUUUGGGCAGGCGCCCUCUUCGCUGCAUCGACCGCUGCUGAUUCUUCUCGACCGCGAGUUCGACCUCUCCGUCAUGAUUCGGCACACGUGGCUCUACCAGCCUCUGAUCCACGAUCUCCUGGGCCUGCGGCUAAACCGCGUCACUGUGCCGAUGGAGGACAAGGACUUCGACGCCGGCCUCCCGCCGCGCGGGGUGAAGACCUACGACUUGGAAGUGCGCGACCAGUUUUGGCAGGAACACUGCGGCUCUCCCUUCCCCGACGCGGCGCUGGCCGUUAGCGACAGCCUCGCCGCGUACAACGCGAAGCUGCAAGAAAUCAACUCGCAGCAGGGCGGCGCGAGUGCUGCCCUCGACCCGCUCGACGCAUGCGGGUCUGCGCAGGGCAUCAUGACGGCUGUGAGCGCGCUGCCUCGCCUGACUGAGAAGAAGCGCUCGCUGGACGCGCACACAAGCAUCGCGACUGCCCUCGUGAACCACAUCAAGGCGCGGGGGCUCGACGGCUUCUUCGAGACCGAGCAAAACUUUGACUCAGAUCGAGAAGUCGAGGCGGUCGCCAACGCGAAAAAGAUGAUCCACCGCGGCGCGCCGGGCACUGCCCUCGACAAGCUGCGUCUCCUCAUGGCGCUCUUCCUCAGCAGGCCCUCUCUCCCUCAACAGCAGAUGCAGCAGCUGGAGGAGAUGCUUCGGCAGGAAACAGGCGGAAUUUCCACCGCGGCGCUCGAUUUCCUCCGUCUCCAGCAGAGCUUUCGAGCUCUCCAGACUCCAGGCGUCUCGGCGGCGCCCGGGGCUGGCGGCGGAAGCGCGGGAGGACAAAGCGCCCAGGCCGCUGCUGCGGCACUGGGCACGAAAUUCUUUGACAAAGGUCGUGGCCUCCUUCAGGGCGUGCGGAAUUUGUUGCCGGUCAAGAAGACUUUGCCGAUAGCACAAGUCGUCGGGACGUUAUUGGAGAACAAGGAGGAGCCGAACUUCAUUUACGUAGAUCCCCGAAGAGACGCGACUGGUGCACCGGCGGUGUCUCCGAAUUCCCUGCCGCCGACUCUGCGCGCGCCCUUCCGCCAGGCGAUCGCCUUUGUCGUCGGGGGAGGCUCGUUUGUGGAGGCUGCGGCGCUCCGCGAGCUUGCUCAAAAAACACAGAAACCGAUCCUGUACGGAUCGACGGACUUUGUCGCGCCUUGUGAUUUCCUCGAUGAACUGACGCGCCUCGGUGGCGGCAGCCUCAGCGCAGCUGCGCCACAGGCCGCUGGCCUCUGA